GGGUGGGGGUUGGUGGAAGAAGCUCAAACCAAACUCAUUAUAAAUCCAUUCAGGUUGAAACUUGGUAGGUAGGGAGGUAUACGUUAAAAUUCGUUUCCAUCGAUUCUCUGUGCUGAAUCAGGUUGAAGAUUCAUCAACACCUUUCUCUUCCAGUUCUUCACAUCGCCUCCACACACGAUCCAUUUCUCAGGCAAGCUGAUUAGAAAGGGCUGGUAGUGUUGACGCGAGGAAUAUAAGGGUCUUUCUAUUUAAAGAAAUCUCUAAUUGUUGGAUUUCGAAAGAAUGGAGGCCAAAGUUUCUCAAAGCUUACGCUUGACAACAUGGAUUAGUUCAGACAACGCGGUUCCCACAGUGAGCAACUCCAUGAGGUUAUGUACAAGGUUUGAGAAAAAGAAGAGGCUUAAUAUGCUCAAAUGCAAUCAUUUGGGAACUAUAAAACCAGCGAUUGGGCAUAGACAAGCGGGGUUAAAGGCUUCAUGUACUUCUCAGAACUCCCCAGCUUCACUAGUCGAGUCUGGAACUUUUACCUCUGAGGAAGAUCUAGUAUUGAAGAAGAAGUCCAAGGAGAUCGAGCCAUAUCUGAAUGGAAGGUGUAUUUAUCUUGUUGGAAUGAUGGGAUCUGGAAAAACAACAAUUGGACAGAUCUUGUCUGAAGUCCUUGAUUAUUCUUUUUUUGACAGUGACAAAUUAAUAGAGCAGGCUGCUGGGGGAACUGCAGUUGCUGACAUCUUUAGGUUGCAUGGUGAGAGCUUUUUCAGAGAUAACGAGACUGAGGUAUUGCAUAAGCUGUCAUUGAUGCGUCGACUUGUUAUUUCUACUGGAGGGGGUGCUGUUGUUCGGCCUAUCAAUUGGAAAUACAUGCACAAGGGUAUUAGUAUCUUUAUAGAUGUACCCCUGGAUGCAUUAGCACAACGAAUAACUGCUAUAGGUACUGCUUCUCGCCCACUUUUGCAUCAUGGAUCUGGUGAUGCUUACGUACAGACUUUCAAGCGACUAUCUAUGCUUUGGGAGGAAAGGAGUGAAGCUUACACUAAUGCCCGUGUGAGGGUCUCGUUGGAGCGUAUUGCAGCCAAGUUAGGACAAGCAGAUGUAUGCAGUGUUACUCCAACUCAGAUUGCAAUUGAGGCACUGGUGCAAAUCGAGGAACACUUGAAAGAAUAGAGUGAUAUCAUUUUUGGGUUCACUUUGCUCCUUAUUGUACACAAGUAUGCCGAAAAUCACAAGGUUUACUUCAAAAAAUAGUGACUUCUUGUUGAACAAUUAGAGUUCAGUUACAAAUUUGUAAGCAAAGUUGUUAUGCCAUUUGUUUCGGUCUACAAAAAUGAAUAAACAUUUUCUUUCGGUUUGAUCA